AUGACAUUUCGACAAAUUCAUACACCGAAUGUCAUCUCCAGAUUAUCAUCGAUAUUACAACAAAAUUAUUUUUUAUUUUUCCUUUUAUUAUUUAAUGUUUUUGUUGUUAAUGAUGUUGAUUUUCUUCAUUUGUUGUUCGUUCUUUUUAUUUUAUUUUUAUUUCCUAAUACAGUAUUAUUACGACCUGAUGUUUCUAAACCUAUGAAUAUGGAUAUGAAAAAUAACAUCAGUCCUCAAGUCAAUAUCAAUGUAUCAAAUUCAACAACAGAUCAAGGGUCAAAAUUAUCAACAUCAAUGUUAUGGUUAAUAACAACCGACAAAAUGGUUAUGGUUUAG